AUCGGUAGUCACAACACAUGGAAGACGCCAUGAUCCAUCUUCCCCGGUAGUCGUCCGAUCAUACCCGCGUACCAAACAGCCUGGGCCUUGACUUCUAGAACCCAGCCAUUAGGCAACCCUGUCUGUAUCCCAGUCGACACCACCCCUCAAUCCUUCGACGUCAUCCAGUCAGGCGCCUUGUAAGGCAGCAAGUCGAGAGAAUACUCGCUGCUGCCUGUAAAGUAUCACCGGCCCUACCUACGUUAGGUAUGAUCACUCAUUCGGUGAGGCACCCCGUCCUCCUCCGCGCGACCACACCAUCACUACGCCACAUCACCGCCCUCCGCUCGUGCCGGCAGCCACGACGCCUCCUCCCCUCAUCAGCGCGCACCAUGUCAUACAACACCUCCAUCCCAGCCUUCCAAUCCCUCCUUUCCUCCCUCGGCCCCAACAGCAGAAUCCUCGCCCUCUGCGGUGCCGGUCUCUCUGCAUCCUCAGGCCUGCCCACGUUCCGCGGUGCCGGCGGGCUGUGGCGGAACCACGACCCGACCUCCCUGGCCACGCCCGAGGCUUUCGCCGCAGACCCGGCGCUCGUAUGGCUCUUCUACGCGUGGCGGCGGCAUAUGGCGCUCAAGGCUGAGCCAAACGACGGCCACAAAGCGCUGGCGAAACUGGCCGAGGUCAAGGGGGCGUCAGGGUUUAUGUGUCUGACGCAAAACGUGGAUGGCCUCUCCCAACGCGCAGGCCACCCCGCCGCCCAGCUCAAACCACUACACGGCAACAUCCUCACCCUGAAGUGCUCCUCGCCUUCCUGCAACUACAUUGAGCACCAAAACACCGACGACCCUCUGUGCCCAGCCCUCGCGGCAGCCGCGCAGGACUACCCGCCCGACCAACCCAUACCGCUCCUCGAUGCGGCCACCCCGCUCCCGGAAAUCAAGAGGGCCGACCUCCCGCACUGCCCGGCGUGCAAGGCCUCGUCCGCGUCCUCGUCGUCGCUCCUCAGGCCGGGCGUCGUCUGGUUCGGCGAGUCCCUGGACAGCGACAUGCUCAUGGGCGUGGAGAACUGGAUCUACCGCGGGCCCAUCGAGGUCAUGCUCGUGAUCGGCACGGCGGCCGCGGUCUACCCGGCGGCAGGGUACGUGCGCAAGGCGAAGCGGCGCGGGGCCGUGGUCGCGGUGGUGAAUCCGGACCCGGCGGCCGCCGAGGGGCUCGGGCCCGAGGACUUCUGGUUUGGCGGGGAUGCCGCGGAGGUGCUGCCUGCGCUGUUUGAGGGGUUGGUUGGGAGGAUUGGUGAGUGAAUGAGGAGGAGGACGCGGCUUGAUUGAUCUGGCGAGUGGGUGACUGGGUGCGGUACAAGAAACCGAUCGCGAAAGGGCUGGCUGGCUGGCUGGCUGGGCAAACUCGGCUGUGUGUGUUUGGGGAUGAGGCAAACCAUGUCCGUUCUUGUCAAUUGAAUGAGUUACAACGAAUAACGAGUUCGAAGGCCGGUUUGUUAUUUUGGAAAAUCGCAUUGACAAUCAACCGUGCAAUGAUUGACGCAAG